AAAUGAACUACUAUGUCCCAUGCCAACAUUUUACACAUUUUUUCUCAACCACAACACAACAAGUAUUAUUAUUUUUUAUGUUUCACUAUUAUUGAUCUCUCUAUAAUAAUUGUUGUAUUUCUCCAACUAAACUAGCUACAUUGAAGAACAUGGGCAAGAGAGGAACAAGGUUACCAGGUUUUUGCUUAAACAGAAUAAGGCCUCAUGCUAGAGUGCGUUCACCAACUAUACAAGCCAAACAUGAAAAAAGUGAAACUAAAAUUGAUAAAAAAACUGAUGAAAACUCAAAUUCAUGCAGUGUUUGUGAGGUGAAAUUAGAUGAUGAAGUGAAACAAGGGUCAGUAAUUGGUAGGAAGAUUAUGAUUGUGAUUGAUUCUAGCUUGGAAGCUAAGAGUGCUUUGCAAUGGGCACUCACUCACACUGUUCAGAAUCAGGACACUAUAGUUCUUCUUCAUGUUAUGAAGUCUUCUAAACAAGACAUUGAUGAAGCUUCUUGUAAAGAGACAGAUCCAAGGGGUUAUGAACUUGCUUCAUCUUUGAAGAAUAUGUGUAAUGUCAAGAUGCCUCAGGUACAAAUUGAGAUUGCAGUAACAGAAGGGAAAGAAAAAGGACCAAAAAUAGUGGAGGAAGCAAAAAAGCAUGGUGUGGGACUAUUGGUUUUGGGGCAGAAAAAGAGAUCCACAACGUGGCGUCUUCUAAUGAUGUGGGCAGGGAACUAUAGAGUAAGUGGUGGUGUGGUUGAGUAUUGCAUCCAAAAUGCACAUUGUAUGGCAAUUGCUGUGAGAAGAAAGAGCAAGAAAAUUGGAGGGUACAUGAUUACUACUAAGAAGCACAAAGAUUUCUGGCUCCUAGCUUAAUCUAUAUAAUCAUAAAUUCUUUGGAUGUUGUCAGCUUCAAGAUUGAUCUGCAAGUAAUUAUAUAUAAAUGUUGUUGUGUUUAUAAAAUAAUUACAAAGUUUGUACAUGAUAAAGUUUUCUAAGAAUUGAAAAAGGAAUGAAAUUUUUGAAUGAAAAAAA